AUGCAGACGGACUGGCGAUCGAUCUACAUCUUGACAAUUGUCAUGUUCUUGGGCUCCUUCAAGAUGGCGGCAAUGUCAUCGGGCUUGUGGGCCUAUAUGAAAGUGGUAGGCCCUAUGCUUCAUGAGAGAUGAGACUAAAUUGCAGCUCGAUCCCGAUAUAACGGAGACCUUCCUUGGCAUAAUGAACUCAAUUUCUAACACUACAAAUCUGCUUUUUUCAUUUAUUGCGGGAGUUAUCUGCGAUAAACUUGGUAAUACUAAGUAAGUGGCGAUGUGCUUGCGAGAAUUCCUUACUCUAUUCAUUCCAAGGCAAGGUGUGUUAACAGACUGACAGCAGUCGACAAAUUGCUAAACAGAAAUCAAAGUGAGCACCAAAUUUGAUGGCAAAAAGUAUCAUAGAGAUGCAAAAGUUUUGUUUCGUAUAAAGGGUUGUUAUACCUAUAUAAGAGAUGUUUAUGAAUCUACAUAUUCUGAUGCAAGUAAAACCUUUCACUUUAAACAAACCCCAGCGUUUUUGGUAGUCUCUAUGAUAUUUUUCGAUACCAAAUUCGGAACUCAUUUCGACCUCCCUGCUUAUCAAUUUGCCGACUGAAGUCAGUCUAUCAACGCACCUUGCCUAGACCACCAAUAGUUAAAAAUCUCACAGCCUUCUUUUAGACUCUGCAUUGUUGUUGGAAAAGGUUUAUGGAUUUUCGCCGUGUUGGCCUAUCUUUUGGUGGAAAAGCUGCCAAAACAUACGAGGUACGGCUUUCUAUUCAUGGAAGUCUGUUUUGGCCUAUCAAUGGGCCUAAUGAGCACCUCGCGGACAACCGUAUCAAUGAACUCAAGCGAAGCCGAUCGGCCGAGAGCUUUUGCCGUGAUGAGCCUGGCGAUUUCAAUUGGAUUGGGUCUUGGCCCAGCAGUGAUCGUUCCCAUGACUCUACUACCUUAUCCGGGAUUUGAAAUGCCAUUUGGCGUCCAUUUGAAUCUCUAUACCGCUCCAAUGUACUUCGUGCUACUUACUGUUAUCAUCUCUAUUGUUUUACUGGUGGUCUGGUUUGAUGGGAGAAUGCAUGUCAAAGACUAUCCGAAGAAGAUUCCCGAUAUCAAGUCGGAAGGAAGAUUCAAAUGGAAUUUCGAGACUUCGUACGACAAGUUUGCUGUGUUUAUUUGUUGCCUGACCCGUGUUGUGCAGUCUUCCAGCAUGUUGUUUUUAAUGAACGUUGGUGGACCUUACAUGAUGACAAUUUUUGGAUGGAGCAGCAAAGACCUGCUGCAAUAUAAUUCUAUUGUUCAUACCGCGAUUGGAGUAGUUUCUGGAUGUGUAUGGUAAGUUUUUAUGAUAUUGAGGUUGCCAUAGUAAAAAAAAUGCCGAAAAGGAGAUCAAGGAGGUCCCAAAUUUGAUACCAUCAAAAGGUGUCGCGGAGAUAGGUACAAUAAGACCGGAAAGUCAAUAGUCUCCGUGACGCCUUUUGAUGCUUUAAAGUCUCUCUGAUGUCUUUAGCAACGUUUUUGUCGCCUAGGACAAGUCUUUAGUCCAUAUGCUUCAUUUCUAACAUCUUAGCGCAUACAUCCAUGUUCCUCUUACAAUUAGAAAAAUUUUUUUAGCGCUCUCUACAUUUUCAAUAUCGCCCAGAAAUAUCUCUCGGAUCGGCGUGCUAUUGUCAUCAGUAUGGCUCUAAAACUCGUCUACUACCUCCUCACCUACCCUUAUCCAUUCCUGACCUCGAGAAUCCCAUAUGAAAUCAAGGAGGAGAAUGGGACAAUCGUCCAGGACGGCUGCUCUGAUCGCCUCGAGUGGUGUGAAACGACGCCGCAGAUAAAUCUAUGGGUGUACACCGCUGCGAGUGUUCUUUGCUUUGGUGUUGGGAUGCCCUUGAUCAUGCUGAAUUUGGACGUGCUUUACUCGAAAGUUCUGGGCCACAUCAAACAGGGAAAAAUGCAAGGCAUGUUCUUGUUGAGUGGCGAGGUGUUGACGGUUUUCGGACCGAUUAUCUUUACGUAAGUUUCUUUUUAAUAGUGGUGGAGAUAACCUAGUGGUAAAAGACGUACCAUUUUGUAUCCGGGAAGUAUCAAAAAUUGCGCCAAAAUACCUCCCUCUCCAAGUCAAAAGACUCCAACUGCUCCUUUAGUGACCGAAAGGGCGAAGUCUUCGCAAGGGAGUGGUUUUUAGUUGGAGAUGGAGGUAUUUUGCCGCAUUUUUGGUACUUCCCGGAUGCAAAAUGGUACAUUUUUUGCCCUUCGAUCAUAUCCGCCACUGUACUGUGUAUUUAUUAGUCGUUAGAGGGAGGCUUGAAAAAAGAAACCUUUUCCAAAACAAAUCACAUCAAUGGAAAAUUUUCAGCUCAAUCUACGAAGCUACGGGUCCUGUUUACAUUUGGCAAUUUAAUAUCGUCACCAUAACCGGCGUGUUAAUUCUGUGGAUCGUCUACUACGAGCGGAUGAUAUCAGCGACGCGGCGGGAACAAGGCAAAGCAAUAAGUUUUCCGGAGACUAUAGCCGUGCUUGAAGGGUUGUAA